CCGAUGCCGGAGGUCCAACGAAGAGAUGCCAGGGAAGGCCAAGAGAACCCUCCUCUUUGUCGCAGUGACUCUUUUAGCUGUUAUGUGUUUACUUCCUAUAUACGAUGUACAGGAAUUAUCGAAUUUCUCUUCGGAACGACUGGAUAAACUGUAUCGCAUCAAAGGUCCUCUUUCUGGCGUCGACGACUGGCUUGUAAAAUACAUGAAUAAGACUCAUCUUUUCCCUCCCUCAACUGAGCCUUAUAACCUCUCAAAAGAUGUAAGCUAUUCUCUUAAUGCCAGGGGGGAUACAUGGUCAUACAUCCACCGCUUUCUGAGGAAGAUGUUCAUUGACGAGCCCCCGGGAUUUUUCCUGGAAGCCGGAGCCCUGGAUGGGGAGUUUCUGUCGAACACUCUUUGGCUGGAAAGGACGCUUGGAUGGACUGGUCUGCUGAUUGAGCCGGAUAUGCAGAGUUUCCGCCUUCUUCAGAGGAAACAUAGGAAAGCGUGGACGUCUAAUGCGUGUAUCUCUAAGGAGAACUAUCCUGUGGAGUCCUACUUUGUGAAUCUGAAAUCCAGGGAUAAUAUGCAUGAUCCUUGGUGGUACCGAAUGUAUUAUCCAGCAAAUUCCCAUCUGUUCGGUACAAAUAUCACUCCAGAUAACAUAACGGAAUAUUUACCAGCAACGGAGCAUUACUCACUCGUGCAGUGCUUCCCUCUGAUCACCUUCGUUCAGGCGCUCGGUGUCAAGAAGAUAGAUUUCCUAUCUCUGGAUCUUCAAGGAAACGAAAAAUUAAUCAUUAGAAACUUCCCUUGGUCUGCCGUAAAGGUGCGCGUUGUUAUUAUCGAAGACCAAACUCACAAGUUGGACAACGAUUUCAUAGAAUUCAUGAAGAAGAGCAACUAUCAAUUAAUCAACGGAAAUGAUUUACCCAGAAGUCAAGAUCAUGUCUACAUUAACAAAGAUGAAAUUGAUUUACUAGAAAAAUUUACGUCAAUGAAAAAUGAUGUAACGAAAUUGACAUAAAAGUACGUUCGGCAGUUAUAGAAUUGUAAUGAAAGUAGGCAUUGGCAAGGCAAUGAAUGAAAAGUGCGACGUUAUUCAGUGCUCGCUAGAAAAGUCCUUGUGCCUCAACCCUCCAAAAGGUGACGUGAUAUGAGUUCUUUUAUGCAAAGAGCUUAAGGAAGGAAAAGUGACGGGGUCAUUAGUGCUUUUCCACAUGUCGGCCAUUCAUGAAGAAUCUUUGCAUAAUCACUCUUUUUGUCGUUUGUUCAGGUGCCGAGAUGGUUUCCAUCUUGAAAAGUUUCUCGUCCCCAAUAGGAUUAACAAAUCAUUUUGAAUAAUGAAUAAAAUGUGAAAUUUGUUAUAAGUGUAUCUUUUGUAUCUUUCCUUUAGAGGCGU